AUGCGCCACUUCCGCACAGCUGCACUGACAGGAGCUUUGCUUCUUGCAGGCUUAACACCAGUCAUUGCGCAGACUGAAUCAUGUACCGUACCAGCUCGGCAGAUACUAGAGAACCCUUCUUUUGAGGCUGGCAGCGCGGCCCCCUGGGAUAUAUCUAGGGCGUGUAGCGCGGGUAGCCCCGGUGGGCCGCCUGAGAUUAUAGAUGACGUGGAGAAUGCACAUGACGGAUCCUGGGUGUUGCGCCAGACUUUCGAGGACAACAUAGUUCGGUUCGCUACGCAGCCCGUUACGAUUGAGAGCCCUGGCGAGCCUCACAAUAUCUCUUUAUGGUAUCGGUAUGAUGCACUGCCAGGUUUCACAGCCACUACUUGUGCCAUUAAUGUUAGAUAUGGCACUACGCCCUUGGAGAAUAUCGGUAGAUCUCUCACGGCCCCCGACGCAGGAUGGACGCAGCUAUCAGCUACUUGGACACCCACCAACGCUGAAUAUACCUUCUACGUGGCGUACGGCUGCAUUAACAACACUAUCUACCUGGAUGAUAUUCAGUUUUGGGCUCCUGAGAGGGAGACUAUUUGUUCCACUUCUACGAGUUCAACUAGUACUAGCACGGUGACUUCUUCGUCUACAGCCACGUCGUCCACCACAACUUCAUCCACGACCACUUCGUUCACCACUACCUCCUCCACCACUACUUCUGCCACCACUACUUCUUCCACCACUACUUCCUCCACCACUACUUCCUCCACCACUACUUCCUCCACUACUACUUCAUCAACAUCGUCCAGCUUCACUACCACCACAAAGCCAACAUGCAACCCCCACCACACCAAGACCGUCACCAGGACAAAGACGGUUACGGAAACCGCCUGCCCUACCUCGCUCCCGCGCUACUUUGAAUGCCUCGCUAAUGGUGUCCACCACCAUUGA